AUGGAUAUGAGAGAAGCGAUGAAGAAGCAAAACGAAGUCGUGAUGUUCCUUGCGAAGCACGUAUUCGCUUCAGAGGCCACACACUCUAACAUCGUCUUCUCGCCUGCCUCAAUAUACUCUGCUCUCACUUUGGUGGCUUCUGGUCCAGGCGAUCCUUAUCAGAUCCUCUCCUUGCUGAAGUCUUCUUCAACCGAUGAGCUCAACGCCGUCUUCACCGAGAUCCUUUCCGUCGUCUAUGCUGGCGGUAGCGCCGCCAAUGGCGGACCGGAGAUCUCGUCGGUCAAUGGCGUCUGGAUUGAGCAAUCGCUCUCGAUUGAUCCUAAGUUCAAGGAUCUUUUCGAGAAUUUCUUCAAAGCUGCUUUCGGUUGCGUAGAUUUCCGAUCAAAAGUAAGUUUCCCUUUAUAG